AUGGGUAAUACAAAUAUGUUUACUGAUACAAAAUCUAUUGAAGAUACAACACCUCUUGAACAUGACGCAUCAUUUGAAAUGAAAGAAGGUGAUGAUGCUGGUAAAUGUAAAUUUGGUGAACAAACCAAAAUGACAAGAUCUUAUUAUGAUGGUAAAUUUCUUCAAUUAAUGCACAAUUGUGCACAGAUGGUCGACAGUGUACCACUUAUGACGACAACAAAUAUUGAUAAGCCUUUUGCUUAUCUUCAUCAUGAUGUAACACAUUAUGAAGAUGGUGAGACACUAGAUGUACUUUAUUCCGUAUUGAAUUAUAUACCAAAUAAAGUCGAAAAAGAUUUCUUUAAAUUACUUUUAUAUGAAAUUGUUGCUGAUUUGAAUAAUAUUAAUAUAAUUGCUGGUGGUAGUGAACGAAAAACAUAUGAUAUUUUACGGCACGCCUUUUCGUUAAUGUUUGAUCAGGAUAUUAAUGCUCAAAAUCAAACUAAAACAGUUUUUGAUGAUUCAAGUGUAAAUAUUUUUUUACGUGCAUCAGAAAAAACUAACUUAACAUGGGAUAUAGCAUAUGAUGAGAUUAAGGAAAUAAAAGAAAUAAUUGAUGAUCAAUCUUCAGAUCAAGAUCAACUUGAAAAGGCACUUAGAUGUAUACCUGAUAAUCCAGUAUUUGACACAGUUUAUACUCAUCCCAAUUUAAAUUUGUAA